AUGGCUUCUGUCGGAGGCUUCAACCAGCCAUACCAGCGAGACUCAUGGUUCGCACCAUUCUCGAUCGACCUUUUCCUCAAGGUUCUCAAUGUCACAUUCUUCCACCCCUUUGUGGCUUGGAUGAUUCCGCUAUGCUUCCGUGCCGAGCAUAUGGACUACGACAAGAUCCCCCUGCGGGUGUCCAUAGCAUACGCCUGGGUGAUCACCGGUAUAUGGUUCCUCGGUCUCAUAAAUAGGCGAAUGGCUUUUGGAUUGCCGCGGGAUGUAGACCUAAGCGAAGAGGUGAUUGUCAUCACGGGAGGUGCGAGUGGCCUGGGCCUACUGAUUGCGGAGGUCUACGGCAUGCGUGGCGCAAAUGUCGCUGUGCUGGACGUCAAAGAGAUGGAGAAUGGAGAAGCCAGAGGCGUCACAUUCUACAAGUGCGAUGUCACAGACAAGGCCCAGGUGGCCAAAGUUGCAGUCGAGAUCGAGAAAGAUCUCGGAGCACCUACCGUGUUAAUCAACAAUGCCGCGAUUGUUAUUGGGAAGAAGCUGCUGGACAUGGAAAUCGAAGAAAUCGAGACAAGCCUCACAACGAAUCUGCUGUCUUGUUUCUAUACCCUAAAGACUUUCCUCCCGGCGAUUAUUCGCGGAGGGCAGGGAGGCACGGUCGUCACGAUUUCCAGCGUCAUUGGCCAAGUCGGAGCUGCUCAACUUACGGACUAUGCCGCUGCGAAGGCGGGCCUCAUUGCCCUACACAAGUCCCUUACUGCCGAGCUGAAGCAAUCCAAUCCGGAGGUCAGGACCAUCCUCGUAACCCCUGGCCAGCUGAGCACGCCGCUCUUCUACGGGGUGCAGACACCCAACUCUUUCCUUGCACCUGUGGUGGAGCCGGUCGAGGUGGCCAAGGAGAUUAUCAAUGCGAUCGACAACGGCAAGGCCGAGCACAUUGCUAUGCCGCUGUACUCCCGGAUGAUGGACUGGUACAAUGUCCUACCGGUCGGUCUACAGCAAAUAGCCAGACGCAUUGCAGGUGUUGAUGCAGCGAUGGGAACGUUUAUUGGCCGUGAAGGUAACAGGCUCAGCGAGAAGAAUGGCAGUCCGAUAUGA